CCGGCCCACUGACUUCUAGGAACAAAAAGAAGAGGUGAAAAUCCAUUUCCUAUUUUCCUCACGUAUUAUCCUCUUGCUUGUUCGUCCGGUUCUUCGCCCUCGCCGCGCGGGACUACCAAUCCAAACUGGCGACGACCCUGCUGCCACCCCACAGCAGAUUUGAGGAGCGGACGCCCGUUUAAAUGGCUAUUGGAGUCCCAUCCAUGGAGCUCCACCGCUCCUCACCGUUGCUCUCGGGUGGCCGAGGAGGAAAUACAUGCCUACAGAAGAAGCCCUUCUUUGUCCAAGCAAAGAGACUAGUGGGGAUGGAGAAAGCAAGUACGAGGCCAGGAACACAAGAGUCUGGACAGACAAAGAAAAGAGCACCCCUGGUUCGUGGAACUGUUAGCCCACCUCUUCCAGUACCAGGAAACAUACCUCGGCCUCCUUAUGUCGGCACAGAAUAUGUACCAGAGAUAGCAAAAGAGAUACAAAUGCAUGACAAAGAGGGCAUUGUCCACAUGAGAGCUGCUUGCGAGCUCGCGGCUCGUGUUCUUGACUAUGCAGGAACGUUAGUGAAACCCUCUGUAACAACAGACGAAAUUGAUAAAGCAGUGCACAAGAUGAUCAUCGAUGCUGGAGCCUAUCCAUCACCACUUGGAUAUGGUGGGUUUCCAAAAAGUGUAUGCACCUCAGUGAAUGAGUGCAUGUGCCAUGGAAUUCCUGAUUCACGCGAGCUACAGGAUGGAGACAUAAUUAACAUUGAUGUCACUGUCUACUUGAAUGGUUAUCAUGGGGAUACCUCAAAAACAUUUCUUUGUGGAGAAGUCGAUGAAGCCAGUAAACGACUUGUGAAGGUUACUGAAGAGUGCUUGCUCAGGGGCAUAUCAACAUGCAAACAUGGUACCAGCUUUAAGAAGAUUGGCAGAAGAAUAAGUGAGCAUGCUGAGAGGAACGGUUUUGGUGUUGUGGAGUGUUUUGUUGGGCAUGGAGUCGGCAGGGUAUUUCACUCAGAACCAAUUAUCUAUCACCAGAGGAACAACAGACCGGGCCAGAUGAUUGAAGGGCAGACUUUCACAAUAGAGCCGAUCAUAUCGAUGGGGAGCAUCGAGUGCGACAUGUGGGACGACGGCUGGACUGCCGUGACGACGGACGGCAGCUUGGCGGCGCAGUUCGAGCACACCAUACUGAUCACCAGGACCGGAGCCGAGAUCCUCACCAAGUGCUAGGAGGAAAGGAAAUCGCAUGUGCCCGAUAGCCGACGGUAGGUAAUCUGUAUUCGUGAGGUGGUGAGGAUGCUUGAGGUGACCUAUUUUGUCUCGCAAAAUGGGCGUGCUACAGAAUAGUGAAGAAAAGGGUUGAGAGAUUGCAAAUGGCAGGUUUGGGCAAAGAGGACCAAGUUCUAGGCGUCCGGGACACGACUCUGUGUCUGGCGUUCCCUUCUGUUGUCGACAUCCCGUGGUUCAGUUGA